CACCGCUUAGAAAACAACUCUCCACAUGGAUCCAGACGGACAAUUUGAGACAUUUGGAUUUAAGUCAACACACUGACUGGGCUGGUUAUAUCCUUUAUUUAUUUCUGUACUUUUUUUUCCCACAUUAAUUGACUUUUUAGAGAACGUAAAUAGUGUGGAGUAACUGAUUCCUUGGAUGCUGACUGACUGGUGAUACAGAGUUAUUGGAUAAAACUGGCAUGAUGUGGAGUAUCUCUGAAGUCCUGUUGCUGUUGCUCAUCUCCUCUCCUCAUGUCUCCUCGUCUCCUCUGGCCAAGGACCAGUCGGUGUGUGCCAGGACUUCCUGUGGUGCAGGUAGAGAGUGCGUAUCGACGGACAGAGGGGAACCCAUCUGUCGCUGUCUACAGCAGUGUGAUGCAUCAGAGCACUGGGUGUGUGGUAGUAAUGGUCGAUCCUACAGAAACCACUGUGAGCUGCACAGAGAUGCGUGUGUCACCCACACCAAGAUACACGUGGAGCACAAAGGACACUGUCUGGAGAAGACAGCAAAGACUGAUGUGAGCCCCAUGGUGUGUUUUUUGUCUGAUCGGGACUGGCUAAGAAACAGAGUGAUCCAGUGGAUUCAAGAGGAGGUGGAAUCAGACAACGUGUCUUCAAAUGCAUCAUCUGCUCAUGACCUCCUGCAGACAUACUUCAAGACAUAUGAUAAUGGAGACUCACAGCUGGAUUCUAAAGAGUUCUUGAAUUUCUUGAAACACAAUGAGAUGGCUCUCAACCUCACAUACUCAGAAACUGAGGAGACUAACUUGCUAUUGAAAUCUCUUUGUGUAGAUGCCCUGAUAGAGCUGUCAGAUGAAAAUGCUGACUGGAAGCUGAGUUCAGCCGAGUUCAUCAACUGUCUGACGUCUACCUACCAUCCACCUGAGAGACAGUGUGCUCUGGAGGAUGAGGUGUUUGAAGAUGGAGCUGAAACUCGGAUGGACUGUAAUAAAUGUGUGUGCGCCUGUGGAAACUGGGUGUGCACCGCUCUGACCUGCAGCGGAGAGCAUCAGAUUGAGGAAGCUAAGACAGAAGGAGAAGAAGAGGAGAUGACAGAGGAGGAGUGGAACAGGAGAGUGGCUGAACUCAAUGCUUUACAGAUGGACACUCACCACUAACCUGUAACAGAAACACUUAAACCAUCACUUAUUCUUACAUUUAUACAUCAGUAGGAUGAAGGCAGGAAAACUGGGACAAACUUGGCAAAAUGUUUAAAAAUACUAAUGCACACAAAGCUGUUUUUCUGCUAUUAGUCCAUGGUGAAAAUAAUUACAAGUAAAUUUAUUUUAUUUUAUUUUAUUUGUUUACAUUUUAUGGUGUAACUCUCAAAUUCUGAGAUGAAAUAGAUUUGUGAAAAGAGGAAAAGUAUUUUUUUUAUUAAUAGAGGCAGAUUUGAUGGAAUCUCUACAUGUGAGUUUAAAGUUGCCAGUAACAUAUUGAACCCUCCUACCUGUCAAAACACCUGUGAUUAGCAAAUGUACAUUUCUUGUUGCUACUGAAACAGACAUAAGUGAUAUCAAAGAAUCCUAUCAAACUUAAAUAAUGAAAAGAAUAAAACU